AUGACCAUCAAUUAUCGGGUCCUUUACACAUUUGACAUCACCGUUCCAGCUUUUGAAUUCAAGGGGUCCCCAAAAAGUUUCAUUCCGACUAUUGUAACUCAUUAUCAGCAAACACAAAAGGUAUCAUCUGGCAAGGCCCCAUUACAAUGCCAACCUAAUCGCCAUCCCCAGAAGCUUUUGUUCAGCACUAAAACGAAAAAGAACAACCCAAACCACAUCAAGAGGCCGAUGAACGCAUUCAUGGUUUGGUCGCAGAUUGAACGUAGAAAAAUUUGCGAGCAAACACCAGAUAUGCACAAUGCGGAGAUAUCCAAAAAUUUAGGCCGCGUAUGGAAAACUUUGAACGAUGAAGAGCGACAACCGUUCAUUGAUGAAGCGGAAAGACUCAGGCAGCUACAUAUGCGCGAGUAUCCCGACUACAAAUAUCGGCCCCGCAAGAAGACAGCUAAACCAGCGCAGAGAAGCGGUGCAAUAACAAAACAAAAGCGCAAGCAACGAGCAGACAGCAAUAACAACAGAGGUGUGUCUAGACGGCGAACGCGGCCAGCUCCGACUGUUCCGAGCGUACCCGUGGAGACACCUGCUCCUCCUCCACUGCCAGCAUCCCCAGCGGGGGCGCCUGACUCUCCCGAGUCUGCCUGCUUCUUCGAUGAUAGCACGCGACGUGAGCAGACUGACCUAACAGAUCUCUACUCCAUAACCGAUCUGCUGCCCUUGCCCGCGGACUGCGAGGUCGAUCUAGACGCAUUGACCGACAUGGAGUCCUUCGAGACGGCGUCCUCCUCUUCCGGAUCGCAUUUUGAAUUCUCAUGCACACCGGACGUGUCCGACAUGCUAAGUGAAAUCGGCGUGGCGGGUGAUUGGGACGAUCACACGUUUUCGUCGUACCUCACGUCGUCU